AGCUUGCACUGAGAUAUCGUUUAUUUUUUGUCUGCGAUGAUUGACGUAUUUCUUUUAUUAGAAUGAAGUUAUAAAAUUUUAACGUCAUUCCAAAUCUUUUUGUAAAAAUGUCAAUAUCGCAAAAUUUAAGAGUCUGUACGAACAUUGCAAGAAAAAGUGUCGCUUAUACCUUUAAAUUUUCUCCAACAAAAAAUAUUACGAAAUUAUAUAAUGCCAAAAUCCCGCUCAACUUUCUGAAACUGAAUAUUUUAGAAAUAAGACCUUGGAUUGGAAUCGAUUCGAAUUAUAAAAAGACUAUGCUUUUGAAAGUGAGAGAUGCCAGUGAAGAUCCAGGAUGUAAACCAAUACCAAACUGUAGAAUACGUGUUCCUAAAAAGAAAGAAGAUUGUCCUUCUCCACCUGGUAAAGAUCCCUGUAAAAAACCAGAUCCUUGCAAAAAAAUUAACAACUCAUGUAAAGAUCCUAAAGAAUGAUUUUUCUCAUUUGGAAUAAAUAAACAUUUUUGAAAGCUA